AUGUAUUCAUAUCUACCAUUAAUGACAGCACUACUUGUGCCUUUAACCUCUGCUCAAUCCGAUUCUACAGCCAGCAGCGGCACUGGGUCGGGCCCCUCACAGAAUGGCUCCUACUUCGAACAGUACAAUCAACAGCCCAACGCUACUGGCAAUGGCCAUUUAGUCGGCGCCAAUACAUCCGAUACCCCCAUGUCCCUAUCAUUUGUUAACUGGGACACACAAAUUAACGUCAUCGAAGUCCCGUGGACCGGCAAUCAAACAGUGACGAACACGGUGAUAUCACUCAGCGCCUCAGACAAUGAUUUCCCCGCCAAUUCCUCAUGGGAGACUUGCGUAGUUCUCUUCACAAAUGUGCCCAGGAACGUGACGGUGAAAGGUCAAGAUGAUACCGGAGACUGCACGGCCUUGUAUUCCGACGAUUGCAUAAGUAACUUUACUGUUGCGAUUCAAGAUGCGAGAGCAAAGGCUACCGCAAGAAAUUCUACAGGUGUUUGUGGGGGUAUGUCGUUUAAUGACAUACCAAGCCAAUGUGCAGGAUCGAUACUUCUUGGAUCUAUUGCUCAAAACAUUACAUCAAAUCAAACUGAUGGUUCAGCAUGGAUGUAUGAAUCCAGCGAUCCCCAUGAUUCGACCAACUUGACCUUCUACGAAGAAGCGGUUACGAGAAUAUGGCCAAUGAUGCUGAUUCAAAGUCCGAGCGCUGAUAUCGAUGGAGGGGCGGGGUUCACACAUGCUGGAUUGAGUUGUCUGAGGGCGGAGAAUGUUACUAAUGGAAGCAAGGAGGUUGAUGGUGUUCCUGGAGCCGGGAAUAGAUUGUUUCUUGGUGGAUGGGCAUUAUUGCUCGUGACGGGCGUUAUGGGGCUUUUGCUGUAA